UUGGCGAAGUCAGACUACUCUCAACUCUGUCGAUGUGAUCCGUCUUUCGCCUACCGAGGAUCUCGUUGGCGCAUCGCUCCUUCGGAUGGCUUUUUUGCCUGCCUACCUUCUCGUCGAGGAUGUGAAAGCACUGAAGCCUGGCGACUGGAUUGUCCAAAACGUAGGAUCCGGGACUAUUGCGCGAUUGGUGUCUCAAUUUGCGCGCAUCAAGGGGGUCCAUACUAUCAGCAUCGUACGCGACCGCAGUCCGGACUCUUUAGAAGCCCUGAAGGCCGACCUGCUGAACGAGGGGGCUGUAGCCGUCCUUACCGAGUCUGAUCUUCAAGCACGAGGUGCCGAUGCGCAUCCUGCUCUCGCCGACGCAGCGGGCCGCAACCGCGUGGCGCUAGCCAUCGAUGGCGUCUUCGGAGAUCCUGGAGAGCGACUCGCGUCUUUGCUCUCACAUGGAGGGACCUAUGUUAACUAUGGAUCCCUUGGCGGGGCGGAUGGGGUUUUGCGUCUUUCGCAGCGCCUCUUGUUCUGGUCUGAAAUCAAGUUCCGCAACUUUCGUCUUUCUGAGCAACUCAGUCAGCGGACGCCCGCGCAACUGGAGUCUCUCCUGCUUUGGUUUCAGCAUUUACUGGCCCAGGGUGCCCUGGUGACACCCAAUGUACUGGCAAUCCAAGUCCCGGUGUCGACAGAGGGAAGAAACGACUUCGAGCAGAGCUUCCAUGCUGCCGUAUCUCUUGGUCCUGGAGAGGGCAUAGGAAACUUGAAGCGCGUGCUGGAGUUUACCCAUAUUAGUUUGUAGAGAAAUUGAGUUAGGUGUGC